AUGGCGUCUCUUUUACCAGACCCGCUGUUUGAAACCUCUGGACGGGGUCCUGCACCCAAUAACAAUUUUUAUUCUUUUGCUGUCACCAAGUCAGAGGUGAUCUGGAGAUGGUGGAAGAUCUCUGUGAGAGCUGUAGACAGGAACUCCAAGCCGGGGGAGACGAAGGAGUCUCACCAGGACUUCUUGGAUGACACUGGGCUGCAGAGUGAGGUCAGUAUGGUUUUUGGUCAUCACAUCUUGGAGUACACCAAAGCUUUGUGCCAAGGCCAUUAUGAUUAUCUGGAGCACCUGUCCGACUCCUUACUUCUGCGGAUAAUAAAUGAUCUAGAACUAGAGGAUGUGGGUCAGCUUGGACGAACAUCACGCAGGUUCAGGCAGCUCUGUGGGUCAGAGGAGUUUUGGGAGCAGGCAGUGCGGCGGCGCUGCAACACAGUUUCAGCUGAGGUGGCUUCACUGGCACUUGAAGUGGGUUGGCGCAGCAUCUUCUUCACCAGCAAGUUACAGCUGCAGAAGUUGAUCAGCCGCAGAAGGCUGAAGACGGAGGAGCAACAGGGAGAACAGGUCUCUGACCCAGAUACAAAGACAGAGAAAUCUCUCGAUGAAAGCAAAGAUUCAGACCAGACAUCUGGCUGUGAGGAGGAAUCUCACCCUGGCUCUAUCCCCGAUCUGAGCCUUGGCACCGAUACCGGUAUUGGCUUUGACACCAGCUCUUGCUGUGAUGUUGAACCUAGCCCUAACCCUGAACCCGAAGCUGGCUCUGAUUCCAGUGUGCUUGUGUCUGGCCAAUGGUUGGAGGAAAACUGUGUGGUGGAAACAGUGGUGCAGAACAAUGCACUGAACGAUAGUAGAGUAGACUGCGGUGCAGUCCCAGACGAGACACUGGGUUAAUCAAAUGUUGCAUAAAUCCUGUAGGAUUACUGUUAUAUUGAUAUGCCAUUUAUACACAUUCCUUAACUUAAAAUGAGUUGUGUAUUGAUUAUCUGAAGAUAAUCUUUUAUUUGUCAAAUGUAAAAUUAUUAUUUUUAGUUAGUUUGAUAUAUGUUAAUCCUCUACAGGAUGUUUGGGGACAUUUUAAUUAGUAUGUCCAUAUUGCCAUGACUCUUCUGACUUAGUGUACAUUAAUAACACCAACAAACAAACAAAC